AUGGCGUCAAACAAGCCGAUGUUCCCUGAACAGGACCAGAGGAUAAUACCGACGUCGGCGGAACCUCCACCAGCAACCAAGACUGGCGGCGUUUCGAAACCCAAGACAGCUCAAAAGCCUUCAGAAUCAGGAGAGAAAUCGAUGGAAAGAACGAUGAACAACAAAAAUAAACUGGAUCAGCGGGAGGGCGAGGUUGGCCAGCCUCGGAUGGCUUACUCGUCGAACCAGUCGAAAUCGCUUUCCUGUGUUCCCGAAUACCUGGGGAAAAUCCCCCGCUCGCAAAUCAAGCGCAAAUAUCUCAUCAACAAAACGUUCGUCAAGUUGGCGUUGAGACAUAAGCUGGCAGGCACUCUGGCUAAGCUACACAAAAAGUAUUUGAAGGCUGGCCUUAAAGCUAAGUUAACGCUUGUCAACAACUUGUUUUCGCUUUACCAAUACCUCAUCCCUUACACAUCGAAGAAGAAAAUUUUCCCUGUGUAUGUUGACCUGCCCAUCAAGCACGAUGUAUAUCUGGGGGGUCAGCCAAACGCCCCCGCCAAGAUCCGUGCCAAGCUGGUGCAAAUCAUUGAUCACAGCUUAGUAGAUGUGCUGCGGUAUCUGAAUAAAGUCUUAGCCGCGGCUCUGGGGCUGCUGGUACCGACGUUCAAUCUGCUUGAUACCGCGGUACACCUGCUAUUUGGCAUUGAUGAGUACACCCUUAUCAGAGUUACUCGGCUGGCGCUGGACGAUACCGAUGGUCUGAUAGUACUCAAGUUGGAGCUGGCUAAACCUGGAGACACGCUGUUGAUUGACUCCCUUGAAUUUAGUGACGAAAUGAUGCAUCUGAUUGGCAAGCCGGGAGAAACGCCGCUGAAUUUAUUCAUCAAGAAAGUGGUCGCCCGUCCCCGAUAUAAACUGGAUAUGAAGGUAUUUUUGGUUCUGAAAAAUCUCCAUUGCUCGUUGUAUUUGGAUGAGCGGAUGCUUGAGCGCGACUUAAUCAAUGGUAUCGUCAACUUGAACUUGGAUGGAUCUAAACCGUCCAUAAUAGGGUUAGGAUCUACAAAGGGCGAGCUGAUGGAGUUUGCCAAUCCUCACGUUGCCGACGCUGUCGACUUUAACAACAAUCUCAUCCUGGACUUCAGCCAUUACGGUAACUCGAGUGAUGCUCAAGUCAAUGAAUCAAAACUCAUUCUUUAUAGACCACCCGACGCUCGUGCUGUGUACGUCACCUUCCCCUUCGACAAUUGCAUCAAAGAAUUUGAAAAGUUGCUAAAGCUUCUGAAAUCCGAGCCUCACCUGGAUAGCGACAUGACCCUGAUGAAGGACUCUCUGCUGUCAUCGCUGCCUAAAACAGACUCCCUGCUGCUGCUGAUUCCCUUGCGUACAGAGCUGCUGAAUCUGAAUCUGACUCUGGCAAACUCGCUCACGGAGAUAAGUCUGGGUGAUCAGCUGGAGAAGUUGCUGUCUGCGAAGGUGAAACUGGAAACGGAAACCUCUGCCAAUAACAGUGCAAGCAGCAGUGCCAGUGGUCUGGCGAGCGGCCUGGUGCCGCCACAGUCCAUACAAAUGCCACCUAAUUCUAAGUCACUGCUGUAUCUGCUGCAAGGUCUGGCUUUGGAUGGGGUACCUCCAAAAUUGUCGCCAAGAGCUGUCGAUAAUGAGUACAAUCGACCCAGCUUGCGCCGAUACCUACGCUUUAACAAAUUUGAUGAGCAGAUACGUUUACCUUUGCCCAACCUGUCUGCUGACUUUCAAAAUUCUCAAGCGAACGAGCAGCGACGCUCUUCUCGGAACUCACCCCAACAGCACGAUCAUAAAUCGAAGUCGGGGAGCUUAGAGACUUUACCACCGCUGUAUAUGCUCCAACCUCAUUGGCCUAAUAACCUACCGACGAUGAUGCCUCAUGACAUCGUUUCCCAAUGGAACAACAACCGGGGUGAGUCUGCGGACGAAUCUGGAGGAAACGCUGCAGACAAUUAG